GGGGGCGGUCCCUGUUAUUCCCAGGUGGCACCGAUGACAUCACAUCCAGUAUAAAUAGAUGAAGUGAAUCAGCAUUUCCUCCUUUCCUUUUGUCUGGAGCACAUGGUGUGUUUCAGUGUUGUGACUGUGACCGCCUGUGUCAGUAAGUCAUUAUCUUCAAGAACUGUAUUUAGAGGGACAGGAGACGGGCUCAAUCCGCCACACAGAAGUUCACACAACCAUUCAACUGAGAAGUCCCGUGGGUGUCUCUCUAUUUUUGCAGAGGUUUAUAGAUCCCUCUUUAUCUGCAAUCAUGAUCCAAUUGGAUGCUGGACAGGCUGGUUUGACAGAGAUGACCCCUCUGGAACUGGAGACUGGGAAACCCUCUCUGAUCUUCGCAAUGAGUACCCAGGAAAGAUCUGCUCUAAACCAUUAGCUAUUGAGGCGAGAACUCUAUCUGGACUCACUGUGGCUGCAGCAGGUGAUGUGAUUUAUCUAAGGGACACCACUAAAGGAUUUGUCUGCAGGAACCAGGACCAACCCAGGCCUAAGAUGUGUAAGGAUUAUCGUGUUCGUUUCAGCUGCCCUCGCUCUUUCUGUAAAGUGUGCUGGACCCAGUGGUAUAACCGGGACGCUCCCAGUGGAACAGGGGACUGGGAGAGUUUGACUAACCUGAGGACAGAAAACCCGGGACAAAUCUGUGACAGCCCAAUGUCCAUUGAGGCUGUUACCUCUGACACAUUGACCCAAGCCGUCUCCACAGGGCAGACCUUUAUUUACAAUCAAAAUGAGGGAUUGGUUUGCCGCAAUACAGACCAGGAAUCUGGCUUGUGCCUUGACUACAAAGUUCGGUUUGGGUGCCCAUGCUAAGUCCUGACUCCACAGCAAACACUGCGAAGGAUAAGACUCAUUUAAUAAAAUUUCUCAAUUUUCUCAGA